CCAGCGCCAAGGCAGCUUUGUUUUGGGGCACCGCCAUUUGUCAACCACUCGGCUUCGGCUGCCUGACGGCGAGCCUCACGGCCUGACUGCCUGCACCGACGGCAACCCCUACCCGGCUGCACCUCCACGCUGCACCACGGCCACCAUGACCACCGCCGUGGAGGGGGUGGCAGUGCGUCGCGGUGCAUACGCAGUGCGAGGGUCCGCCAAGUGAAAUCCCCCAGCGAAUAAAAGAUGGCGCACCCCGGCACGGGCGCCAGUGCGUCGCGUACCCGCGCUGCAGUCACUUCUCUAGUCCAGCUUGACCAGCUUCCCACAUCGCGGUCGUCGGUCCCCGUCAGAGUCAAGUCCCUCAAGAUGCUGUUCGCCCUGUUCAUCGCGGUGGCGCUGUUCUCCGCGGCGGGUGCAGCCCCGCAGCAGAGGCCGCCCGCGCCCGCGCAGCAGGACAUCCCCAUCAUCAAGCAGGAGUCCAAGAUCAACGACGACGGCUCCUUCCAGUGGUCCUACGAGACGGGCAACGGCAUCGCCGCCAGCGAGCAGGGGUCCCUGAAGAACGCGGGCAACCCCGAGACCGAGGCGCUGUCCGUGCAGGGCCAGUUCUCGUACACGGCGGACGACGGCACCCCCAUCCAGCUGCAGUACCUCGCCGACGAGAACGGCUUCCAGCCCCAGGGCGCGCACCUGCCCACGCCGCCGCCCACCCCGGAGGCCAUCCUUAAGGCCCUGGAGUGGAACGCGGCGCACCCCGAGCAGGACAACGAGGGCGGCCCCGCGCCCCCGCCCCCCAGGGCGGGUCGCUAGUGGAUGCGAACAUUGGAACUGAACUCUAAAAUAAAAUGCUUGAUGAGGUGCUCAUUGAUACGGGUAA